AAGACACAGUUCAACUGAGAAAACAUCCAACGUGACAAUGAAGAUCACUGUGUUUCUCCUGUUGCUGCUGGUCUGCUCUGACUCCACAGCUCAGACUACACUGGAGGCAGAUAAGGAAAUUCAGCAGCCUCUUCCACAGGACAUCCGUGAUUUGCUGAAAGAGCUGGCUGCCUCAGUGGCUCAACAGAAAGUGGAGAUAACGUUCUUGAAAAUAGAGAACCAAGAACAAGCAGCAAAACUGAAAGAACUGGUGAAGCAGGAAACUGAGUUGGAGAAGCAGAGGACUGAGAUUAACAAUCUGAAACAACAGUUUCAAGUCAAACAGGUGGCUUUCUCAGCUUCUCUGGUGGCUCAUGGCGAAGUGACUCUCGGACCCUUUAACACACAAACUACUCUGGUCUUCAAACAUGUUGUCACAAACAUUGGAAAUGCCUACGACGCAAACACAGGUGUUUUCACAGCACCUGUGAAAGGAGCUUACCACUUUGAGUGGUACAUAGGUGUUCACGGAUCUAUUGCAGGUGCUGCGUUGGUGAAGAACACAGAUCACAUUUUUCUUGCUUAUGAGCAUCAGACGAAUGGUUUCGGGACUUCUUCUGAAGGUGUUACGCUGCUUCUAGAGGCUGAAGAUGUUGUGUUUCUUCGUCUUUGGCCUAACACGAAGGUAUUUGACAAUUUAUAUCACCACACCACCUUCAGUGGUCAUCUGCUGUUCACUGUGUGAGAGGGAAACACUCCCUCUUUUUCUCCAGCUGUAUGUGCAGUUUUGUUUUUCUGGAUCUGCAUCCAAAUACACAUAAUGAUUGACAAUAAUGGUGUACAUGUAUCUUUCCAUGUCAUUUGAAUUAAAUAAACAUAUCAUUGCAGCACUA